AUGGAUAGGGCGUCAUCCAAUGGACCGGAAACUUCACGAUCUUAUUCACCAAUGAGGCCUGGUGUCACCAAGCGGACUUUCCUUCUCCUCCUUGCAGCACUUUUGUUCAAUGAAGCGAUACUGGUGGACUCGAUACGUAUUGUUCCAAAUUAUUCGGUCAAACCAAGGCAACAGUCGAAGCUUCAACGAGACACAGCCUUUCGCCAACGAAGAUCAUUAGUUUUUUUGCGAGGAGGAGAUGAUGAUGCCUCUAGUAACAAGGCACUUGAAUCAAAGGCCAGUAAACGAGAAGACGAUCCCAAGAUACUAAUGCUGAUUCGCUUGCUGUUUUUGACGUAUUAUGGAUCUCUCGGCUCUUUGCUACCAUACCUUCCUGUCUACUAUCAUUCCCUCGGCCAUGGUGGCCAUGUGAUUGGAAUGCUUGGAGCUAUCAAACCAUUCACGACCUUCCUCGUCGCUCCGCUAUGGGGGAUCAUAUCAGAUCAGACUGGCAACCCAUUUGCAGUCCUAUACUUCACCUUUUUGGUAUCACUGGUUGGACAGCUGAUGGUAGCGUGGAAAUCGAACCCAAAGUACAUCAUGACCAUGGUCUUCAUCACGGCUUUUUUCAAUGCUCCAGUAAAGUCUCUCCUUGAUUCCAUGGUUAUGAGUCACCUGAAUGAUCGCUCACGAUAUGGAAGGUUGCGUCUUUGGGGUCAAUUGGGAUUUGGUAUCGGUAGUAGCGGAGUAGGACUGCUGUUGAGCAAAAGUAAACACCAAACAUUCAACCCACUUCCUGGCCACACAUCGAUGGAGAAAGCUCAUAACUUCUGGCAAUCCCUUACCGGAUACAAGCUUCUCUUCCUUACAUAUGCAAUGUUAUCUCUGCCUACUUGGAUAUGCAUAGUCGCAUUUCACAAAUUGCAUGAUGAAAAAGAAAAAGAAAAAAUGGUAUUGACUGCUGCAAAGCGCUCGAACUCCUCCAAGAGUAAAAACACUGUUGGAAUCCUUGAUGGAAUCAACGUACUCUUUCACAGCAGCGACGCAAUUCUGUUCUUUGCACUUGUAUUCGUGGUAGGAAUCUCUAGUGGAGUCAUUGAGAACUUUGCAUACGUCCGAAUCCGAGAGGUCGGAGGUACUGGUCGCGAGAUGGGUAUCAGCAGACUAGUAUCCUCGAUUUCUGGUGCUCCAAUGUUUUGGUUCAGCGGCAAGCUCACUGAAUGUUUGGGUGCUGACAAAGUGAUUGUGUUGAGCCUUAUCAGCUACGUAGCCCGCUUUGUGAUCUAUGCGCUGAUGAAACAUCCCUACCAAGGUCUUCCUGCAGAAGCACUUCGUGGAGUAACCUUUGCAGCGUUUUGGAGCACCUGUACAAUCUAUGCAAGCAGUAUUGCACCACCAGGAAUGUCAGCAACUUUGCUCAUGUUCUUGAAUGCAAUGUAUGGAGGUUUGGGCCAGUCACUUGGUGCAAUCAUCGGAGGCAAGUUGCAGUCAAAACUUGGAACCGUAAAGACAUUCCUUUACUCCGGACUUGAGGACACAGACAGCGAUUGUGCUACUUCGGAGGCCGAAAAUGAGGAAGACAACAAUAUCGAGGAGGCGCAAUCAAAAGAGUUGCACCACAGACCGAAUGAACUGGUUCAUCAUGCGGAAGAGAAGCCUCGUGAUCGAACCGAUGACGGAUUGUCUGGAUCUGGUGCAAGCUUGGUGGUGAAGUCGCCUCCUCCCACUCAGAAAUCAUCCUUUGACCCCAACUUACGAUAA